GUUCACGCAUCUUGUUGUUUGCAAGCCCGUAAGGGGAUGUGAAAUACUGCUGCUCUUCGAAAAUUUCUUACUCCAGGUAGUAUAUGUCUUAAUCGGCCGAUCGGUUCUUCCCGUCAUCCCUUCGAUCGACAAUUAAUUCCAUUGAUCGAAUGGAGACAGACUAUUGGGAUUUCUAAUACGGAGUAGGUAGCAAACCUAAGCUUAGCCCUAUUAUUCAUUGCAUCCUUGGCACCGGGCAUGCUUCCAUUUCAUCAACCUCUCGAGCCAUGACCAUGAAGACGCCCUCGUUCAGCUCCUACCUCCUCCUCGCCCCUCUCGCCAUCCUGUUCCUCGUCUUCCUGCUCCCGUCCCUCAACCGCUCCUCCGGCUCCGAUGGCAUCGGGGUCCUCUGCAACCGCCGCACCGGCGCCGCCCACCACCACCACCACACCGUCGUGCCACCAAUUCCAGCGCAGGCCGAGCCCGAGCCCGAGCUGAGCCUGCUGGUCGGCAUCCUGACCAUGCCGAAGCUGCGCGAGCGGCGCGACAUCGUGCGCCUGGCCUACGCGCUGCAGCCGCCGGUUCCCGCGUACGCGCGCGUGGACGUGCGCUUCGUGUUCUGCCGCGUCACGGACCCGACGGAGGCCACGCUGGUGUCGCUGGAGGAGAUGCAACACGGCGACAUCAUGGUGCUCGACGACUCGUGCGCGGGCGAGAACAUGAACGACGGCAAGACGUACGCCUACAUCUCCUCCGUGGCCCGGCUCUUCGCGGCCGCGCCCUACGACUACGUGAUGAAGACCGACGACGACACGUACCUGCGGGUGGCGGCGCUGGUGGGCGAGCUCAGGGGCAAGCCCCGGGACGACGCGUACCUGGGCUACGGGUACAACAUGAGCGGGGACCCGAUGCUUUUCAUGCACGGGAUGGGGUACGUGAUGUCCUGGGACGUGGCGACCUGGGUGUCCACGGCGGCGGAGAUCCUGGACCGGAACGACACGCUGGGGCCCGAGGACCUCAUGGUCGGGAAAUGGCUCAACCUCGCCGGCAAGGGCAAGAACAGGUACGAUCUCAAGCCGCGGAUGUACGACCUUAACUGGGGCAUGGACAACUUCCGGCCCGACACCGUCGCCGUGCACAUGCUCAAGGACAACCGCCGCUGGGCGGCCGCGUUCAACUACUUCAACGUCACCGCGGGGAUCAAGCAGUCGUCGUCCUCCAAGCUGUAUCACCGGUUGCCCCUGCCGUGAUCGGUCCAUCCAUCCAUUCUGUACUGUACAUCUUCUGGGUUUUUUCUUGUUUCUUUGCUCGUGCUGAUUGUUAGCCAGUUGUUUCUAUCUAUUACUAUUUAAUUGAGAUUUCGGUCGAUCA